AUGAAAAGAAGUAUCAAACAGUCUUCAGACCAAACAGAUAAUUAAUAUUAAAUGAAAGUGUAGUAUUCUUUGCAAUAUAUAUAAGCUACAAAAGAAUUUUGGAAUAACUAGCUUAUAAAUUUUUAAAAUGAGGAAUAGUAGUAAUUAAUUUCUAAUAACUAAGUAGAUAUUUAAAAAAAACAAGGAAAUCAAAACUUAAACGAAAUUAAAAAUUUACAAAACUUUCUUCUUAAAAUUGAAUAAAUAUAAAAAGAAAUUAGCCAUGCUGAAGAAAAACUAAAUUAAAAAUAAAUCUAAAAUUUACAUUAAUUUGUUUUGUAAAAUAUGGGAGAAUCAUUAAAAACAGAGGAGAAUAAAAGUUUUAGUUUGGCCUAGAGCCAAUAUGACAAUUAGUAAGAGGAUUAUUAACUGAUGUCUUAUAAAUAAAGUAAUUUUUCUAAGAAAGUAAGUAAGAAAACUCCUACACCUUCUAGAAAAAAAAGUCCUUUAUCUUACAAUUAAAAAAAUAAUAAAUAGGAAUAAAAAAAUAGACUCCAAGGAUUACAUUUUAAUGAAUACUCACUUUUUCAGAAAUAAGAAGAUUUAAACUUAGAAAAUUCAAUUUAAAUUCUGAAGUUAUAAUAAUAUUAAACUGAUGAUAGCAAAAGAAUGAGUGAGGACAGUUAAUUAAUUAAAGAUAGGCUAGUAUAACAACAAUAAUAACUUAAAUUAAAUGAAGAGGAAUAUAGAGCCUAAGAAACCUUAUCAAUAGAUGAAUCUCCUAUUUUAAAUUAAUACUAAAAAUAAAUCUUUAAACUGUAAAAUAAAGCUCAAUAAAAUCAAUCCAAAUCUUAAAAUAUUUAUUAAAGACUUUAAUAAAGAAGGCUUUCUUCAGCAUUCAAUGAAAAAAAUAAAAAUUAAACCUCAAUUAAAAUUAAUAUGCAAGAGUUGAAUAAAGAUUAAUUAUUUUAGAACUAUUAGACAUAAGAUACCUCUCCUUUUUUUAUAUCCGCUUCUCCUAUAACAAGAAAAUAAUCAGCAAUACUAUAAUCCUCUCCAAAGAAAACCUAUUUAUUAUAGAAUAGCCUUUUACAAAAUUAAGGCAAAUAUUCAAGUUAACAACCUAAUUUUAAUUAAUUAGUAAAUGAAAAUGAGUAUUUUUGCUUUUAACAAAGUAAAUCUGACCAACAAAAAGGUCAAACUUAAUAAAAAACAAAUUCACCAAGUUUAUAGGAUUAUAAAUUAGAUUCACAACUUUAAAAUUUGAAGAAUUCAAUCACUUAAAUAAAAAAAUAAAGCUCAAUUUAAUAAGAUAACGAGAAUAAUACUGAUAUUUUAAGCGCAAGAACAAGAAAAAGCACUAUUAUUUCAUCUCAAACAAAAAAAAAAUAUAAAUCACCGCCUUAGACGUAUCUAUCUUCUCCAGUAACAAAUUUAUCACAAUCUGGCUACUAAUUUAAUAAAUAAACAUCUAUUUUAGAGUCAUACAAUUUUACAUAUAAAUCUAAUUUUAAUGCUUAUCAGCUAAGAGAUAUUAAUCAAGAUGUAGAUAUACAUAAAGAAUCGAAUAACAUUUUGCUUGAUUACUUCGGAGAAAACAUUUAAGAAGAACAGCCAAAUAAAUAAGAAGCAAAAUAUUCUAUUAAAUCAUUAAGAAAUUGCUAAACUUAAAUGAAUUCUCCAAAUUUAAGAAAUAUCCAAUCAGCAAGAGAAUAAAAUUAGUCUCCAUCACUUUAAAAUUUAAGAAGAUCAUACAACAAUAAUAACAAUUAUAAUAAAUCAGACAAACAAAAUAAUUAUUUCUUUUCAAAAACAAAUAAUACAACUAUUUCUUAAAGAAAAACUAGUUUACUCUCAAAUGAUAAAAAAGAAAUUUAAUCUAAAAGAAAAGGUAUGCUAUUUCAAGAUAUGCUGUUAACUUAAUCUUUAAGUGGCUAACUGUAAGGUAAUUCAAAAAUAAAUGUAUCGACUUUUCAAGCAUAAGACUAGGAUUAUAGAAGUAGCUCUUUAACCCCAAGAAAUGAAAAAAUAUUAAUAAAUUCAGUUUAGGCAUAAUUGCAAAAUACAUAAGAUUAAGUAAAGAACUAAUCUAAUUUUGUUUAUACAAGCUCAGAUACAAUAAAAACAUCAUCUAUUUAAAAUGGUUAAUCAAGUGAAGAAUAAAGUAAAAGAGAAAUGAAAAGCAGCAUAAAGAUGACAAUUUCUAAUAAUACAAAUUAAAUGGAUAAUUAAGAUAAAAAUAACAAUUAUAAUAAUUGCCAAAACAUGAUUAAAUUAAUAGAAAAUUUAAAAAAUAAUUAAAAAGAUAAAAAUAAUAUAAUUAUACCAUAAGCAAAUAAUCUAGAGUAAAAAAAAUAAAAGAAUUUUUAAACUAUCAGUGUCAAAGCACAGUAAAUUUUAUCUAAACAGAUUCAAAGCUAUUUAAAGGAGAAGCCCUAGAUAAGAAAUAUUUUAAAUAAAAUUAAAUGUGAUGAAAAUGAGAAAGUUUUUUUGUAACAAGCACAAUAAAUUUAAAAUAUUAAAGAUGAUACUAUUCAAAGUCCAAAAUUGAUUACCCCUCAUAAUAAUGUAGUUUCUAUAAUAUUAAGUAAAAAUUAGGUUUCUGAUUAAUCUGAUGAAUAAUCUGAUCCUUAUUUUUCUUAAAAGCAAAUAAAACAAAAAUAGAAAAAUUUAAUCUUUCAAAAUUCUAACUCUUAAUGCUAAAUUAAUGAAAUUAUUAGCCUAAAGAAUAUAUAAUCUGCUCCUAAAGAAAAUAAAUCAUCAAAAUUUAUCACCAAUCAAGAAGAUUCUAACUAAAAUUUUUCUUAAUAUAGUCAUGCAGCUAUUAAUUCAUAAAUCAAGAAAGCAGUCUCAAUCUAUAAUAGUUAAGAAAAUUAGAAAAUUAAACAACAAAAUAAUAGUAUCAACAACUUAAAUUAAAAUUGUACUGACCAAAUUAAGAAUGCAUUUGAAAGUUAUUAUUUAGGAACAUCAUAGGAAUAGAAAAAUAUUAAUGAAAAUAAAAAAAAAAUUUUAUCAGCUUAUUCUUAAAUUUCCUUUAAAAAAAAAAAAGGAGAUUUAUAGAAUUCUUAAUUUCAAAAUGAUGACAAUUAACCUGAAGUUUUGAAUGGAAAUAAAUAGGAUUUUAAAAGAAUGAAAUACAAAUAAAAUGCUAACAGUAAAUCAAUAUAUCAAAACUCUUAAAUAAAUUCUAAAAAAAGAAACACUUUUCUACUCAAAUAAUUCAGUAAAACUAAUAAUGAUUUACCUUUAAGAAUUGAAUUCAGUGAUAUAAGCUAAGCAAAAGCAGAAAAUUUAGCAUUAAAUGAAUCUUAGCAGCAGGUAUCAAACAGAAGUACUUGGAUUUUUAAAAGAAUAGCUAAUAGGAUUUAAGAAUAAUCAAAUUUUGUAGAGAAAAUUCUCUAAAAAGAAAAUUCUGCCUAAGCAGUUCCAAAAAUAAUAAUUCCUUCAAUUUAAGAUAUUGACUCCUCUAUUUUAACGAAUAAUGAUGAAAAAGUAGAUUUCAAUUCAAAACAAAACUUAUCAGAAAUACAAGAAAAGUAAACAUCUAUGAGUUUAAGCUCUAAGUCUUAAGCAUAAAGCUCAAAAUCACCAAUUGAAAAAGAUAUUUAAGCUCAUUAAUCGUUUUAAGAUUAUAUAAAACUCAAUUCUAAUUAAAAAUCUUAAUUCGCUUAACAAUAAAAAUUAGAAAAUUCUAUUGAAAAACUGUAUAAAAUGAAUUUAUCAAUAUUAUCCAACGCAUAAAGUCCUAAAAACUUAUCUACAAGUUUGACCAAAUAAUCUAACUAGGCAAGUCCAAUAAGAUUGGAAGCUCAAAAGAGAUCUUAAUUAAAAGUCGAAGAUUCAAAUUAUAAAAUAAAAUUGGAGCUACUUUAAUAAAGAUCUUUCAAGAAAUAACAAGAAAAUGUAUUAGAGUAAUUUUCAGAGAUUAAACCACUAGAUAAUUCUAGUAAAAAAAUAUCAAGUAUUAAGUAAUCUCAAACAAUCAAAGAUUUAACUGCUUUUUCUAGUUAAAAUAAAUUAAAAAGUUAAUUUUUAGCUGUACCAUAAAAUAAUCCAGGAGUUUCUCAAAAGAGAUCCUCUAUCCAUAAUUCUCCUUAAGAUUUCUCCUCAGUACUUAAGAACAUUUCUAGAUCCUUUAAAAUACCUUAAUGGGCUGAGUAAAAUCAAAAAAAAUUUCCAAGUUUUUUUAAUUAGCAAAUAAAUACUGUGUAAAAAAAAUUGUAUAACAUUACUGAGUGCUUUAAGCUGAUAUUUAUUCUAAACAAAUUUUUUAAAAAAGUAAUCAUUAGGGUAAGGCAAACUCUGCAAUUAAAAAACGAGUCUGAACAAAAAUUAUAAUAAUAAAAUAAUGAUAAAAAUAAAAAUACCAAAGAAAAGCCUUUAUUGAUAAAAAACUUUUUAAAGAGUAAUUUGCUUUAAAAUAAGAUUUUGAAACCAUAGAGCUUAACAUAAUCUCUUUAGAAUUAAGAUUCAAUAAACAGUGUUUAGGAAAAUGAUUCGUAAAUUCUAAGCUAAAAAGAAAAUUUAUAAAUCAUUCGUAUACUUAAGUUAAAAUAGUUUAAAGAGAAAGCAGCUUAGGCUUCUAGCGGAAUGAAUGAGUAAGGAGAACCAAUUAAUAAGCUGAUAGGAUUUUAUCCAAGUUUAAAAUUUUCUUCAUUUGUAAGCAAUAGACUUCAUGUAUGGAAAAUUUAUUAUGUGCAUAAGUAAGUAACUUCUACUACCAAAAUAAGUAAUUACUUUCUAGAUAAAAGAAGUAGAAUAUAAACUGAGCAAAAAGAAGAAAACUAAGAAAAUCCAAAUGAAUUUUAAUUUUAAAUUAAAAUUGAUGAUUAAAUAUUAAAAUACACAUUUAAGCUUAGCUAAAACUUGCUCAAUAUACUUCCUGGAAAUAACAGCUUUUGCUCUACUUUGUGGCCAUCUGCUUUUUGGAUGUUUUUUCAUAAUCUACAAACAGAAAAAAACUUUAACAUCGAAAAUGAUUUGUACUUAAAUAUAAAAAGAUCAAAAAGUUCUUCUAUUUCAUCAGACAAAGCUUCGUAGGUAUAUGAUCAAAGUUAAAAUAUGAUUAUUUUUAAAGAUGAAGUAGAAGAGGAUAAUGUUGAAUGUAUUUACGAUGACAUUACAUAUAAAAUAUAUGAGACGUAGAAUAAUUUAAAAUUUUUAAAUUUUCAAGCUAAUAAACUUAAAAAAAUAUUUGAGCUUUAAGAUAUAGAAUAUAUUGGUAAGUUAUCUUAUCUCUUGUAAUAGUUUGGAAUUUAAAAAGGGAGAAUAGUCUCUAAAAUUAAUGGAAAAACUAUUAUAUUUUAAGAUUUACCUUACGAUUAACAAAUGAUCAAAUAUUACAACAGUAUACUUAGUUUAAUAAAAAGGUAUAACAUUUAUUUUAAUGAGUGCUAAGAUACUUAAAUAUAAAAAGCUAAUCUUAUUUAAUUAGAAAAAAAUUAAAUAAAUAGAUAUUUGAACUCUUAAAAAAUAUCAAAUUAGCUUCAAAUCGGGUUGAGAGGAUCUAUUGUGGGUCUACUUUAAGAUAAAAUAGCUUUUUUAAAAUAAAACUAAAUGAGCUUUGAUAAAUAUUUUUCCUAUCUACAAAGCAAGCCUCAUCAUAUUUUAAAUAUGUUUUUGAAAAAAAACAAGUCUUACUUUUUACUAUCUGCAAACUUGGUUUUUAAAUAUGAUUUAUUUCAAAAGUAUGUUUCAGACAAAAAAAUCCCUUUUUCAAUAUACGUUAUGGCAAGAAAUAUGGAUAUGAAUAGCAGAGUCAAACCCAUAGAAAUAAGUUAAGACAAGCUACUUUUUUUCUUUUCAGAGCAUUAAAUUUAGCAGGAGAUUAAAAGCUUCUUGUUUAGGGGAAGCAUUUCUAAAUUUUGGAAGAUAAAUUUAAUUCAAAUUUGCACUAUGAGUCUAGAAAUAAUUACAAACUACUAAUACGGAAAACAAUCAACAAAAAAUUCUAAGUUUACAUAUUAUGAUCAAGAGCUAUACCUAAAGGAAUCAAUCAAUCAAAUGAUUAGAAAAAAUUCUUAUCUUAGAAAUCUUGAAAUUGAUGAAGGAUAAAUGUCAUAUGGUGCAGUUUCUGAUAGCUUUUUUAUGGAUACUGAAUAAUCCAAAAUCUAAAAAAUUUAAUUUUUAAAUAGCAAUCAAAAUAUUUUUGAUAAAAAUUUUGACGAUAUUUAUGAAAAAUUUUAUAUUCAGAAAAGAGAACAGUCUUUGGAUUACAAUGAAGUUGAUGUCUAUAACAAGGAUUAUUAGAUAAAAAAUGACUUCGAUAUAAUCGUAGAUAAAUUACAAAAUGAUUCAGAUGAUGAAGAUUAAAGAAAAAUUAUUUUUAAUUAAUAAAUGAGCUAGUCUCUUCCUAAAGAAGUUCAAUUUGAAAUAGAAGCUAAGUAUUCUUCCUAUAACUACACAAAAUCUUAGACUAAAACCUACAAAGAUAAUAAAAAAUUAACCGAGAGGCUCAAUAAUUAUUUGAAAGAAAGAGGAAAAGUUUUUACAAUAAAAAACUAAUUCAGAGGAAUCAAUUUCUUAUUUUAAAUAGUUAGCAAUAGAAGCUAUUAUGCAUUAAUAAAUAAAUACAAAGAUUAAAGUUUUUGUUAAAGUGGUGAUGACUAUUUUAGUAUUAGUAAUCUCAUACCUUCUUCAUAACAAAACGAUUAAAUCUAUUGCUUUUUGUAUGACUAUGAAAAAAAAUUAAGAUAUUUUAUUAUUAUUUAAGAAAAAAAAUAAAUUAAACUUUUGCUCAACAUUAUUGAAAUGAAUUUGGAAGGAUUUCUAAUGGAAAAAUUAAUAGUUAAAUAGUUGCAGAAUAGUUUACUUUAAGAACUUUUCUCGUUAAAGCCAGACACAAAUAGAUAUUUAAAAAUAUAAAAAUAUUUAAAGAAUAUCAAUCAUACUUAAAGAGAAAAAAAACUCCGUAUUGAUUGUCCAAUUUCAGUGUAAUAUCACUUAAUAGUAGAUUCUAAGCAAAUUAAUAACUUCUACCAUAGCAUAACUCGCAGCUAUACAUUAAAUUUUAAGUAAUUAGGUAAAUGCUUCGUGAAUGCUUCUAUGCUAUAGAUUAAAACUUAAGAUAAUUUAUCACAAAAGAAGUAUAAUGAUAACUUUAAUGAUGAUGAAAGCAGUUUAAGCUCUACUCAUCAAUUGCUCUCCAUAUCCGGUACUCAAAACCAAUAAAAUGUGGAUAACAAACAUAUUUCUUUUUAAUUUUCCACUUUGUUGGUUUUGCAUAUUAUGCCUACUAAUUAGAGAUACAAAGCAUAUAGGCUUAUUUUAUCAUUAGCUGACUUAAGAGAAAUGGAUAUCAUAAUAUUUAAACAUUUUCAAAAGGAUUUUUUCAAAGAGAGCAUGCUUCAAAGGCUAGUUAAAUUAGUAAGUUAACAAAUAAUUAAAAUAAAAACUCUUUUAGGCUCUGUACUAGCCCUUUCUUCUGACAGAGUAUAGACUAUUCAUUCUGCUAGUGGUAAAAAGGUUGUGCUAAAGCUAAGCCGAUUUAAUCCUUACUAAGACGAAGAUUUAAUGCUUAGAAAUUUUAGAAGUUCUAGUGUUAUAAAUGCUAAUUAAAACUCAUAAAGUUAAUACAAUUAAUUAGAACAAAGAAAUUCAUUAUUAACUUUUCAAGAGUAAGAAAAUUUGGCAAAAUAAGAAAAUAAAAAGUGGAGAGUAUUUAUAAAGUAGCUUAAGUAUACAAAAAACAAAGUGCUUAAGCACGAAUACGAGCUAAAUGACUCAGUUUUUAGAAAGAAGCUGAUGCAUGAAAUAAUUGAGCCUAGAAGAAUUAUUCUACAAAGAGUAUAAAAAUUUUUUAAUAGAGAAUACACCUUAAUUACAGUUUUUAGAGAUGUUUUAAAAAACAUUUUUGUGAUACAGAUUUACAUUCCAAAAACAUGUAGAACAAUUUUUGUUUAAUUUGAUAUGGAAAACUUGAAGCAAAUAAAUGCUUAAAUUAUAAAUUAGUGGAUUUAGCAAAAGCUUUUGUUUUUCCAUAAUAAUACUUAAAUUCCUCCAUUCUCUUCCUUUUUAUAUUUUUCUUAAAGGAUUUAAGCAACAACAAAAGAAAAGCUACAAUAAAUAUUUGAAAAUGAAAAAAAUGAAAAGGAACAAAUGUCUAUUUUUAAGUGGUAAAAAAUAAAUAGUGAUAUUCAGAAAAAGAAUGACCAUAAAGUCCCGUUUUUUAAUAUAGGAACUCCGAAGUCAAUAAUUAAAAAAAAGAUAUAUGACGAGUUAAGAUUAAGCAACUUUAGCAAUUCCGUAUAAAGAUCUCAAAAUAUAAAUAAAAGAGUAGAUUUUGAAGAUUUUUAGGGUUUUUCUUCAUAAGCUAAAAAUGUAAUUGAAAGCAAUAAAAGGUAGCAAUUCAAAAGAUCUGUGCAUAAAAAAACAUGCAUCAUACCGAAUUAAGUUAAUCAAAUUUAGUAAAGAAGAUAUUUAUAGGACAUUAUUAAUGACAAACUAUAAAUUAUAAGAUGCAGACCAUAGAAUCUUAUUAACUAUUUUAAAUCAGAAGAUAUAGUUAAAAAUGAGAAAUUUUAAGUAUUUAAGUAAAUAACUCAAAGCCUUGACUAAGGAUUUCAAUAAAGAAUAGAAAAUAUUUAGCUUUCUAAUAUGACACGUUUUAUUGAGAUGUAAAUAUGGGACAAUAUUAUUGAGGACAUUUAUUUCUUGCCUAAUGAUCUUAAGAAGGACAUCAUGAUAAUGAUUGGAGACUUUAGCUUUCAAGUCUAAGAAUUACUGCAUUAUGAAAAUUUAAAUGUAGAUGGAAAGUAGGACAUAUAGAUUGACAUUUGUAUUAAUUUGAUAUAGUCGAUUUAGAAACCUUAAUCUGUUAAAUUAAGAAGACAAUAACAAGAACACAAUGCAAAUCUCUAGCAUAUGUCUCCCACAUUUAGCUUACUGAGAUAGCAGUUACUUGAUUUUUAUUUUCUUCCUGUUGAAUUUAUACCUUAUAAUGCAACUACUGAUUUUAACUUAUAAAUUAACAAUUUUUAAAUUAAUGAAAAAAAACCAUAAUAAAUAACUAUAAAUUUAAGAGAAAUUAUUAAUGUGUUCAUAGCUGAUGGGUUUUACAAAUCUUAAAGCAAUUACUAAAACUCUAGAAUGAAUUAUUCAGAACUAAAGCAGCUUUGCUAUUUUAUUCUUUACAAAAUUAAAAAAUAAAACUUUCUUGACUUAAUUGAAAAGAAAAAAAUUAAGAAACCAAAGCAGUAAAAUAAUCUUAUUAUUAAAGGGUUAACUUUGAUGGAUAAAACCUCAAUAAUAGAAACUCCUAAGAAAAUAGUAACUGAUAAUUUUGCAAACAGUGACUGUUCAUCAAAAACAGAUAGAAAGAGAACUUUUUCAUUUAGUUUAUAUCCUAUAAAGUCCCCUGUAAAAAUAGAUAGUUUUUAAAGCUAAGAUUCAAGUUAUUGCAAUGAUGAAGAAAAUAGAGAGGAAGCAUCAUCAAUCUCAAUAAAACAAUUUGAUUUAAACCAGAGCUUUUUAAUGUCGAGAAAUACUUCAAGAUUAUCAGUUAAUUUUCUCAAGCCAAUAUAACUUUUCUUAGAAAAUUCUUUCUAUAAAAAAACAAUAUUAAUUGAUCUUAAAAAUAAAAUAUUUUUAAGCACUACAUUUUACACACUAUAAAAUUCUUUCAAAUUUGUUGUUUUCAGACCAGGAUGUUAAGAAAAGCUUGAAAAAAUAAAAAAUAUAAUGUAUUUUAAUGAUCGAUUAUUUUCAUUUAAAUACUUCUUUCAAUUAAAAGAUUAUUAAGAAAUAUUAAGAUAAGCCACUCUAUACUCUUCUGAGAAGCUCUUAAAGGAGUAUAAAAAUUAAACAAAAAACUAAAAAAGUUAUUAUUGA